AUGAAAGCUCUCGACCCUGAAGAAGCGUUACGUCGACAGACAGAGCUUCGUCGCAUGCGCGAACUCAUGUUCCGUGCGGAACAGAAAGCUCGUCGGGCCAACAAAAUCAAGAGCAAGACGUAUCGACGCGUGCAUCGGAAAGAGCGCGAGCGCAUGCAGCAGCAACUGGCCGAAUUGACCGCUGCAGAGGGGGGUCUCGACGAUGAGGAGCGCGAGGAACUCAUGUACAAGGCUGCCAAGGACCGUGCCAAAGAACGUGCAACGUUGCGGCACAAGAACACCGGAAAAUGGGCCAAGAUGCAUGUGGGUCGUAAUGACGAGGCGUCCCGAGACGCGACGCUAGCGUUGGAAGAGCAGCUUCGUCGUGGCGAUGAGUUGCGCAAGCGUAUUCAUACAAUGGAUGAAGACGACGAUGAGCUGUCUCUGGACGACGACGACACAGAUGGGCGCGCCACUGCCUUCGACGAACUGGCCGAUUUUGAACAGAAGGAAGCCGAGAGAGAUGCCCGCGAAGAGGCGGAGCUGGAGGCAUCAGACAAGAAGGGCAAGGGUCUGUUAAACAUGAAAUUUAUGAAAGACGCACGCGAACGGCAAUCCAAGGCAGCGAGAGAAACAAUCCAAUCCCUCCGCGAUAUGGUCACGCAAGAGGACGACACCAGUGACACUGAGGCCGGCAGACCGGACGGCGUGGAUGUGCACCAAGUUGGUCAUGCAGCCGGUCGUGCUGUGUACCAUACUGCUGCGGCUCGUGAGAAUCAUACCCAGGCCCCAACGGAGCGCCCAGCUAACCCUUUUAAGACAAGCCAGAGCAAUCCAUGGCUGGCAGAUUCCGAGGAACGUACUAAGGGACCUGCUGUAUCGUCGGUACCCAGUGGCACGGAUAAUACUGCAGCGGCGCGCUCGCGGCAUCGCACAGAACGUCAUUUACAGCGGGGACAGGAAGCGCGUGCAGCGGCCAUGGAUGAUGCCGCACUUGCCAUUGAUCCCCAUGCCCAGAUGCAGGCGGCCGCAGCCUCCGAGUCAGACAGCGACGCAGAGCCAGUUGAGGUCUCCAAGACCAGUCGCGGGAAGCGUGGGCGAGGUAAGAGGCACAGUUCGACUCUGCCGUCGAUGCAGCGGGACCUCGUGUCUGAGGCCUUUGCGGGAGACGAUGUCGCUGUCGACUUUGUGAAGGAAAAGCAAGCCGUGGUGGGAGCCGAGGCGCCAAGGGAGGAGGACACGACGUUACCCGGUUGGGGCAGCUGGGGUGGAAAAGGCGUUCGACGCAAGUCUCAAAAGAACCCUCAUCUCAUCAAGAAGGUGGCCGGUAUCGACCCGCGAAAUCGAAAGGACUACGGUAUGGAUCAUGUCAUUGUCAAUGAGAAGCUUGAUAAAAAGGCCAGCAAGUACAAGGCCAAAGACCUACCUUUCCCAUACACGAGCGCCGCGCAGUACGAGGCGGCUAUGCGUACGCCCAUCGGUGCAGAAUGGAAUACGCGCACACAACACCAGCGUCUGACCCUCCCCCGCGUGACGACCAAGAUGGGCCAACGGAUUGAUCCAAUUCGUGCUUCUACGGAUGUACCAGAGGGUGCUGAAAGCGAUGAAAACAUGACUGAGCAUGCCAUGGAUGGAGACGAUGAUGAGUCCUCGGAGUCGUCUGGUAGCGACGAGGAAGGCGUACUGGAAGAUGAUGAAGAACUUUCAGAUGAAGAAGAAGGUCCUGGAUAUGCCCAAUUUAUUGAUCCUGAUGACGAAAGCGAUGAGGAACCUGAGGUCGUCACAGACGAGGACGAGGAAGACACUCUGCGACAGCCCAUUCCUGACUCUUCCGAUAUCAGUGAAAAGCGGGAACAGGCCAAGCAGCGUCUACGUGAAUUGGGGAUGAUGCAAAAGUUUUCGCAAGGUGACAAGGUGCAGCAUGCACUUGAGACUCGAGGAUCCAAGAAUGCGCCAACUGUCAUGUCCGCUCGGAGACCCGUUUCGCGGAAGCGUAACGUCGUUGAACCGUCACAUCGAACAAAGAGUCGCGAUCCUCGCUUUGACUCUUUGUCGGCGGGCCCUGUCAACUUGGACUUGCAUGCCAAGUCGUACAGCUUCAUACCCGGCAUGUAUCAAAAUGAAAUCCAGUCGCUACGAUCGACCUAUGGCAGGUUGAAACAAAUGGAGGCGCACCAUGCAGGGCCAAAGGCGAAAAGCCAGCAGGCACUUCAAAUUCGAGAAGAAAGAGAGAAGGUUGAACGCGCCUUGCGCCGUGCCGAAAGCCAAGACAAUGAGCGCCAACGUCGCGAGCUCGAGCGCAGUGUUAAAUCGGAUUUCAAGAAGGAAAACCAACGUCGUGUGGAUGCUGGUAUGAAACCCUUCUUCCCCAAGAAACACCAGCUUCAAGAAGCUAUCCUGCGGAAGAAAUUCGAUACUAUGACCGGCUCUAGCGAGUCAGGUUCUUCCGCUGCUUUGCGAAAAGCGAUGGAUCGGAAACGCAAGAAGGAUGCACAGAAACAGAAAAAGUCCCUUGAUGCUGCGUUGGGUGGCGGAGCACGCACAGAUUUCCUGCCUACACGGCGAACAGGCACAUCACAUAGUGGACAACCCCACAAGCGCGGCCGCCGUGGCUAG